GUAAUACUUGGUUUACCGGGUUGUUGACCUUUUGACGUGUUCUGUUUUGAAAGAUCCUACGUGGUGCUAACAAUCACGUUUUUUGGCAAUAUUUCUUUAUUUAUUCAGUGCAAAAAGGUACGAUGGCAGCUGCUGUUCCUCCCUUAACACCCUGGAGUCCAGAUAAGAAGCAUAGCGACCGAGAAAGGUGGAUCUGUAUUUAUCCUGCUUAUAUCAACUCUAAGAAGACACGGCAGGAGGGCCGGAAGCUGGCCAAGGAGCACUGCGUUGAGAAUCCGACUUACCUGGAGAUCAGAGACGUUCUUGCAGUGGCGAAUCUAAGGGUCGGAGUAGAGAACAAGCUGUAUUCCCGGGAGAAGAGCAAGGAAUUGGCAUAUCGUGGAAGGAUUCGAGUGCAAUUGAAGAAUGACGAUGGAACGCCCUUCAGUCCAGACUUUCCCAACAGAGACAGUGUCCUGUUGCAUCUGGGCAGGAUGAUUCCACAGUUAAAGAGUCGUCAGGGUGGAAAGGGUGGAGGAGAAGCCACAGCCAGUUCAUCAACGUCCUCAGCACCUCACAAAAAGGGAAAGGGCAAGAGACGCUGAUAGAGGGAGGAAAAUCUAUUUUUUGUUAAUGAUCUUUGAAAAUAAAUGCUUGGAUUUCCUGGAAAA